AUGGACUCGACAGCAUAUCCUCAUAUCCUCGAGCGUGUCAUCCGGCACUGUUGCUCGGCCUCCACGCUCCUGGCGUUCCGCCCCACCUCGCGCCGGUGUCAAGCUGUGGCGGACGACACGCUCUUCCAUCACGUCGUGCUCCACACUCAGUGCUACCGCCCUGCGCAGAAGGGGCGGGUGAGGAAGCUGCUCAAGCGCAUCACGAACCGGAGAUUACGCCUCGAGCCGCGCCUCAUCUUCGUGCUCCCUGCCUCGUCGCCAAUCGACUUCGACGUCCCACACCUUCCCUUCCUUCCUAGGAAGGUGCACACCUUGGAUGUUGGGACCAUGGCCGAGCUGGGGCUUGACUUCUUCGACACCUCGUUGCCAUGGGACGAGCUGCACGCCCCUCAUCUGUUGCGCCGCUACGGUCCGACUACGUCCUACAGUUGGGCGGCCGUACGCGACGCGACUGUCGACUUUGUUAUCGCCAAACCACCGCGCUACGUCGGGUGUUCAUCCGGCCAGGAGGUGGUAGUACCAUGUUCAACACCGAAGUACGUGCUCCACCUGUGUUGGCCAGGAGGGUGGGACCCCGCGAUGAUCGACCCCGACACGGAUCUCGAACGGCUCAUUUCUGUCCAUGGGGUUUACUUGGCGUGUCGUACUCAACGGCCCAAUGUGCGCGAGGCGACGGUGGUCUUCUCCCCCGACUUCGCCUCGCCUUCCCGCGCCACAAUCGGCAAGGUGGUCAUGAUGGCCACAAGGGUAUUCAUACAGAGCAUGGUGUUCGACUCGGCCACGCUUCCUGUCGUUGGGCUCGAAGUAUGCCUGCCCGACGUCGACGCGGACGAGUUCAGACAGACCGUGAGAGACGCUGCGAUCGACUUGUGUGUCCGCUGGUGGGAGGAGGCCGAGGGCCCACGACUUGACCGCGAUGCCGUGGCGAGAGAGUAUGACGGCAUCCGCUUCAUGACGCUCGAGGAGUGGUGGGAGGGACUAGGGAGCAUGAAGGAUGUGGUGGGGGUGUGGCCUGCACCGCGAGCCGGCACCGGACACCGAUAUCACCUGCCAGUACCUAGAUCCAUGUGA